AUGGGGUCCGUUGGAAACUCUCAUGCAGAGCGUAGGCCAAAUAAUCAAGAUGUUAUUUUCAUUAUUCAAGGUAGGCCAAAUAUUCAAGAUGUUAUUUUCAUUAUUCAAGGUAGGCCUAAUAAUCAAGAUGCUAUUUUCAUUAUUCAAGGUAGGCCUAAUAAUCAAGAUGAAAUUUUCAUUAUUCAAGGUAGGCCUAAUAAUCAAGAUGCUAUUUUCAUUAUUCAAGGUAGGCCUAAUAAUCAAGAUGAAAUUUUCAUUAUUCAAGGUAGGCCUAAUAAUCAAGAUGUUAUAUUCAUUAUUCAAGGUAGGCCUAAUAAUCAAGAUGGUAUUUUAAUAAUCAAGUUUUUAAAAAGUAAAUUAACAGUUAAAAAAUCAAACACGGCUGGUUUAGAUGUAAAUAAAAAACGUUACUUUUUUAAAAGUGGUUGCUCAUGGAGUUUUUUCUCAGAAAGUGUCUCAGUACUCAGUACACAUUCCUAUUUGUUCCAAUCAGUAUAUUCUCUACAAAUACAUAUUGUUCGCGGAAUAAAUAGCAGGGUCGUCGCGGGAAAACUGCCUCGGCCUUGUGAUUGGUGUAAAUUAGUUCCUACACAAGAAGCUUACUUACUGGAUUAUAAUGAUAAUAAAAAUGGUUAUGCCUAUUGGGAGACCACGUGUUCGCUUUUUCCUAUAUUUAUAAGAAAUCUUGGAUGA